ACUGACAAUAGCGGGUCUGGGAGAGAGAGGAACAACUCUGCUGCGAUCCUUCUGGCUUUGUUACGUCUGGGAAGCCAUUUUGGAAUUCUGCUUGUAGUGCCUGAGAAUUACGUACACACACACACUUUCAACUUGCAAAGUUUUGUGUAUGUUCACGGAUAAAUAUUGUUCUGGUAUCUGGGUUAGGAUCAUCGAACGCACCCCGACCGUUCCAUACCUGGAAUAAACGCCUCGAGAUGCGGUGUGAAGUUAGCGCAUCUUCCAAGACAGAAAUGUGUUGAUCUUUUUCAACUGGAUUACGCUCAUAAGAAUAACAUAGAUGGACUCUUAUCUGAUGGUCUGAUCGGAGAAUGACCAUGGAUUUUUCUCGCCUACACACAUACACCCCUCCACAGUGUGCUCCAGAGAACACAGGAUAUACCUACUCCCUCAGCUCCAGCUACUCGACUGUGGCCCUAGAGUUUGAGAAGGCGCAUCAGAUCGCUCCCGUGUUCAACUCGCCCAGGAUGUCGCGGCGGAGCCUGCGUCUGCAGACCACGGGCGGUCUCUAUGGCAACGACAGCCUGGCUGACUUCUCCUCCCAGAACCACAGCAGCGGAGGGUCCAGUCAGAGAGAGUCAUGGAUGGUGAGGAGCAGAAAACAGCAGCAGUCUGCCUCCAGCUCCCAGUCCCUGUCUCAGUCCCUGAACCAGUCCCUGUCCCUGUCUCUGAACCAGACGCCACGCAAGACCCUCUCCUUCUCCACCACCAACACUCCCACUACAGGCUGCACCACUGCCAGCGAUGCCUCCCUGGUCUCCUCCAUCCUGGACCAUUCCAACCUCCGCCAGCGGUCCACCACUACUUCCACCACUACUACCACAGACGGCUACAGGGAUCAGGAUACCAAUCUGAAAGGGAGGAGUUCAAGGACAGACUACAGCUCAACGGGUGCGAACGGCGGCGUCAACACUGUGUCGCACAGCCACGCCAUGGUCGCCAACGGUUACAUCUGUAAAGACUGUUCCAUACACUCUGAGAGGAAAGAAGCCCUCACCACAUACUCUUCCUCCUCCUCUUCCACGUCUCAGGCUGGCUCUGCUGCAGCAGCUGCCGCCGCCCUCUCCUCCUCCUCUUCGUCAACUCAGGCUGCCUCUACUGCAGCAGCUGCUGCCGCCGUCUCCUCAUCAUCAGCAUCAUCAUCAUCAGCCUCAUCCUCCAGUUUAUACUGCACGGACAAGAGUCAGAGGAACAAGACAGGUCUCCUGGUGUCAGUGUCUAACACGUGUGUCCACCACAGCAGACGAGCCCUGGCCCCUAUAGUGUCCCUGGUGACACUGCUCUUCCAGAGCGUUCUAUGGCUGGGCACUAGGGCCAGGAGCCACUCAGGCAAAGGUGUUCUGGCGUCCCUCUUAGACAGGGCCAGACGGGCUGUUUCCUCCAGCGCGUCCUGCGUCUCUUGGUUCUUUAAGCAGACCACUCUCCACAGGAUGAUGGGCUACAGGGCCAACAGCUACGAAGGCAAAGCUCACUCCAGUUACUGUGGGAGCAUGAAUGUAAAAGACCACGUGACGGGAGACGGACACUUUUUGAAUGGCUCGUUGUGUGACGACUGUAAAGGGAAGCAGCACCUGGAGACCCACACACUGGUCCACAGUCACACACAGACCUCCAGGACUCACCGUCUACUGGGGGCUCUGUGGACCCUUAUAGCUUACACAGGGUACUGUCUGCUCCAGCCAGGUUACUAUGUAGUGAGGGCAGGCCGGGCUCUGGGGUCAGCAGUGGGGUCAGCAGUACAGUCAGUGGCUCAGAGACUCCUGUCAGUGCUGUGGCUAGUCCUGGCAUCUCCAGGUAAAGCAGCCAGAGGGCUGUUGUGGUGUCUGGGGACAGGCUGGUACCAGCUGGUGUCUCUCAUGUCUCUGUUCAACGUAUUCUUCCUGACCCGGUGCCUGCCCAGAAUGUGGAAGCUUCUUCUCUUCCUCCUUCCCAUCCUGCUACUCCUGUGGUUUUGGUUCUGGGGUCCGUCCAGUUUCCUCUGCUACCUUCCAGCCAUAAACCUGACAGAGUGGCGCUCCAGAGUGGUGUCCCCCUUCACCCUCUCAUCAUCUACCCUGGUCCCCACCCCCACCACACCCCUGGAGCAGACCCCCCCAUCACCCCCCGGCCCACAGGCACAGUCUCUCCCCUAUCUCCCCCUACAGCCAGUCCUUCCCCCCAUAGUCACCGUGGACACAGAGAGCCUGGAGCGUUUGGAGCGGGUGGAGCAUGGUCUGGCCCUGCUGUGGGAGCGGGUGCAGCGGGGGGACCAGAGGCAGGAGCAGCGUCACGGGGACACCCUGGCCCAGUACACCCUCCUAAGGGAGCAGCUGGACAGCCAGACAGACAGGGACAGCCUGGGUCUCUGGGUCUCUGGCCUGCUGGAGCACAGGAUCACCCUGCUGAGAGGAGAGCUGGAGCAGCAGGAGGCCUCACACAGGGCACAGACUGAUGAGCAGAGGGUUCAGCAGCAGCAGAGUCAGGAGACACGGCUAGCUGAGCUGGAGGUGCUGCUGCAGGUCCUGGCUUCUAAAACUGAGGCGGUGCAACAGAAACGGCAACCAGAGAAGGAGACAACCAGACCUGCCUCUGUCCCUGUCCCUGUCAGUGUGCGUGUGGACCAGGAGGCCCAUGAUGCUUUGCUGGCGGAGGUGCAGAGGCUGGAGGCGGAGCUGGGUCGGAUCAGGGGCGACCUGCAGGGGGUGAUGGGAUGUCAGGGGAAAUGUGAGCAGCUGGACACAAUCCAGGAAACGGUGUCUACCCAGGUGUCAGCCCAGGUGAGGCAGGAGCUGCGGGCCCUGUUCUACGGCUCUGACGACCAGGCCCAUCAGGGAGAACCAGACAUCCCAGAGGGUCUCCUCCAGUGGCUGUCGUCGCGCUACGUGAGCGGGGCCGACCUGCAGGCCCUCCUGGCCUCCCUGGAGCUCAGCAUCCUGAGGAACGUGUCCCUGCAGCUGGAACAGAGCAGGGCCGAGGCCCACACGGAGGCUGAGGCCAGGGCUGCAGUCAUCACCACCCAGACCCAGUCUAUUACACAGAGUGUCCAACAUACCGCCGUGGGCGAGGGACUGUCUGAGGAGCAAGUGCAGCUGAUCGUCCAGAAUGCCCUGAAACUCUACUCCCAGGAUCGGACGGGCCUAGUGGACUACGCCCUGGAGUCUGGAGGUGGUAGCAUCCUAAGCACGCGCUGCUCGGAGACGUACGAGACCAAGACGGCCCUCAUGAGUCUGUUCAGCGUGCCCCUCUGGUACUUCUCCCAGUCACCCCGCGUUGCCAUCCAGCCUGAUGUGUAUCCAGGGAACUGCUGGGCGUUUAAAGGUUCUCAUGGUUACCUGGUCAUCCGGUUGUCCCUGAGGAUCCUUCCCACAGCCUUCUGUCUGGAGCACAUCCCCAAGGCCUUGUCCCCUACCAGCAACAUCGCCAGCGCCCCGCGCAACUUCACAGUAUACGGUCUGGAUGAUGAGUAUCAGGAGGAGGGAAAGCUGUUGGGUCAAUACACCUACCAGGAGAACGGAGACUCAAUGCAGAAGUUCCCUGUCAUGGAGAAGAACGACAGGGCCUUCCAGAUCAUCGAGGUGCGGGUGCUGACCAACUGGGGUCACCCCGAGUACACCUGCCUCUACCGCUUCAGAGUCCAUGGAGAACCACGCAUCCAGUGAGGGAGGAUGGCAGCAAUUUGAACUGCCAGUCAACAGAGACAUACAUAUCAUCCUAUCUGUAUAUAGUACUGGACAUAUUUUCUAAAUGGAGGGGGCUGGGAAAAACUAGACAUUUUUUAUAUAGACGAGGAACUUCAGAAGUGUCGGGAUGGGUGUUUGAUUUAUGAUAGAAUGUGUCCAAGGGGGAUGUUUUGUUUUUGUUUUACUCAGUACUGAAAUGAUAAAAGAAUGAAAGAAUGAACUGUAAUGAAACGUCAGGGAAUGUGAAAGAGAAGAGAAGAGUGAAGGUGGAAGAAGCUCGGUCCCAGUCCCCCCUCCUUAAACCUGCUCUUGCACUGAAUUAGCCCUCCAGGUCAAAACCCUUUGGUUUUUUGGAGGAGCAUUUUCCUCUGCCCCUCUCACACAACCACAGGAGUCUGUGACCUCGAGAUGGAAACAGAUUACACACAUCUUUUUUUUAUUUCCUUACACAUCAUGUCUGUUUUGGUUGGUGUUUUAAUCAUGUUUUAUUUUUAAUUGGAUGUUUCUUUGGAGACCCCUUGUGGAUUCUGAUGGAAUUUCAGAAUCAAAGCCACAGAACUGGGCCUAAAUGACAUGGAGAUAGGCCUCACACACCCUGGGCCUACAUGACACUGUAUAGGCCUCUCUCUCUUCUCUUGAUCCAAAGCUAAUUCUCUCUGCUGCUGUUGGCUGGUCAGUCUGCAGGGCCAGCUAAUGUGGUCAGUGGACACUCACAAGACACAGACAGGACUGCUACCGUUCUCUGGAAUCAACAACACUACCCAUUCGCAAUGAUUUUAUGCAUCCACACAGCCAUCCAAACUAAGCUCUAUCUCUCUCCUAUAGAAAAUGUUACACACAUGGACAGGCUUUUAAUGAGUUGAUACAUGUUUAUCUCAAGUUAACAUUUGGCCCUAAAGCUCUGUGGAGUCCAGACAGGAGAGUGUUAACGAGAAUGAGACUGACAGCCAAUGGUUUGGCUUCUUCUAGGGCAGAGAGCCAAUGGUUUGGCUGCUCCUUGCACAGUCAUUAUAACAUCCUCUACUAGGGCUUCUACUCCGGGAAAUGUCUAAACGGGAUCCUUGGGAUGUCCCAACUCUGCCGUCACCCCAUUGAAGUUGAGGUUAGGGUUAGGGUUAGGUAAGGGGUAUGGUUAAGGUUAGUAUAGACAUCCCAAGGAUCCCGGAUAGCAUAUUAUCCCUUCUACUCCCUGCAGGAAUGUAAUCUGUAUAUUUUUCAUUGUUAAUAGUUGGUCCUUUUAAAAAUCUGAUUUUAUCAGUGUUGCUUUAUGAAAAAGGGUACACCUUGUCAUUAUUGUUAUUAUUGAUCAUAUUUCUAUUAUUGUUGUUAUUACCCAUUGUACGUGUAAUUAUGUUUGACUUUUACAGUUUUUGUUGAGAAUAAUGACAAAUGAUGCCUGUUACAGCAUGUAAAUGAAAUGUGUGUUGCACAAGUCCUCACUAUUUGUGGGGAAAAAAUAGAUGGGGUAGCUAUAAAUUUGUUUUUUUGUGUGGACCGGCAAGUCUAAAUGUACAAAAAAUUAUUUCAUGAUCCUAUUUAUUUUAAAGAUAAUUAGUUACUGCAAGAUAGGACUUGGUGCAAUGUAUUUUUAUCAAAAAUAUUUUCAGUGCAUUUUGGAAACAUCUUGGGACAGUACAGAUUUGUUUUUCAUUUGUUUUUCAAUAAAUAUUUUUUUGUUUUGUUGCCGCUGUCAUCCUGAGAUAGCUAAACCGCAUUUGGAAUAUAUUCCUAAAGAAUUACAUUUCGAGAGCUUUUGAUGCAUGUGAUAUUUUACCUAAUAAAGACUGUAUUGGUUUUUUA